UGUAAAAUCAUUCCACAGUCAACAGACGAGUCUCCUCUCACGUACAGUGUGUUUAUUCCAUUUAUUACUCACAAUUUAAAUCUAUCCAUCUUUUAUUACACUAAGUAAAUAUUUAAAUUAGUUAACGAUAUAAAAUGUGCCUUAACUCAAUGAACAUACGGUUUAUUUCACAGUGUUGUGUAACACAUUUAUAUGUAUGUGAUAAGUAUUAAGAAGGUUCAGUCGUUUUUUUGUUUUUGUUAAAAUAACCUGUUACAAUGGUUUAUACAAUUACCAAGUGUGAAAACGUGGAAGAAAAGAGGUGCUCUUGGAAGGAGUUUUUCUUGCCUUUUGUUGUGAGUCUGCCCCUCAUAACCCAUGGGAUAGAGAGCAACAACCUCACGAUCACAUCCCACUCCGGCCACUUCACACAACACUAUGGGGUACCACUCAGCACCACUAUGUUGUUGUUAGGGUCAGGCGUCUCUGCGCCAGUCCUGUGCGCGACUGUCGACAAAUUGGGGCGAAAGUUUGGGAUAUAUAUCAUUAUUUUGUUGCAAGGGAUCUGCUGUGUCCCCCUCCUCCUCCCGCCAAGCGAUAUAUCCUAUGUCCUCCUUCACUUCCUAGCCGGCGUCUCGUCAGCCGGUCUCUUCACCAUCAUCCCCAUUUACAUCAUGGAGAUAUCACCACCACCCUCCCGAGGCUCCCUGGUAUCUCUGUUGAUGAUCAUGACACCAAUCGGCUAUUUAUCACGAUUGGUGAUGGGUGAAGAGACGAUUGUGUACGUUCUGGCUGGGCUGGUGAUGGCGGAGUUUGUGUGUGUGUUCCUGGUGAUCGAAUCGCCGAGUUAUCUGGUGAAGGAUAGGAAUUUUGAGCGUGCAAAGAGGAACAUAGCAAAAUUAAAGUGUGUUUCUGAAGAAGACAACUAUGUAGCAAAUGAAAUGCAGAGACUUCAAAACGAAAGUGAACGAGCCAAGCCCAGAGGCAAAUUGAAAUUAAUCGAUAUUUUUAGAAACAGAAUAUGGCGGGAUACAAUGAAAAUAGGCUUCGUUCUCUACUCCGUGACUGUUCUAAGUGGCAGCAUUAUAUUCCUGGACCAGGAGAAGACGUUAUCUCAAUUGAAAACCAAUCUAGACCCAGAAAGAAUGAUGGUUCCCUUAUGUUUACUUGCUGGUGGCGUGGCUGGAGUGGUCUUUGUCAGAUUUAUGGAAAGAAAAUGGCAUCUCACCUUCGCCUAUUCCCUCAUAGUAUUAUCAAUGGGUGUGCUAGCUGUAUUUACGCAGGCUGAUCUGACUGUGACGUCACUAAGAUGGCUGCCAGUGACGUCACUAGGUGUACUAGUGUUCGCGUAUGGCAUGUCCUGGGCUCUACCCACGGUUAUAAUGGUGGAAAUGCUGAAUUUUGAGAUCAGAGCAACAAUUAUAGGCAUCGUGUACACCUUCUCCCAAAUCAUAAGGUUGACGCACAUCCACACUUUCAAAUACUUCGAGAAUCUCAUGGGAUUGUAUGCACUUUUCUACGUUUUUGCCGGUAUAAACUUAUUGGGUGCGGUGUACAGUGCAAUGGCCUUACCGUAUGUUAAGGAUAAAAAUGUGAAGCAGAUAGAGAGGCAGUUAAAAAGAGUUCCGAUAUUGAAGUUAUGAAAUAAACAUUUUGAUCUGUGUA